AUGUUAACCUUUCUGCUUCUCACUUUUAUAUUAUCAUUAAACAAAUCUGAAAGUGGAGUUCUUCAAGCGAAACGUCUCCAGACCGGUGAAUUUCCGUAUUUGAUUCAAUUCCAAACGAUUUCAGCAUGUGGAGGUGUUUUACUUACCCCAGAUUGGGUAUUGACAGCUGCACAGUGUGUCAUGUUCAAGAGAAGUGCAAUAUUUGUCCACCUGGCAGGCGCAAACGACCCAAAUGGAAGACUAGUUGGUGUGAAAGCAACUUAUAUCCACCCAAAUUACGAUUUCUACUCUGAAUUCCAAGAUUUCGAGCACAACAUUGCUCUUUUAAAGCUAUCAGAGCCCUACGAAAUUUCCAAGAACGAUAAGCCCCUCCAAAUCGGUCCCCUGAGGAUAGACGACACCUACAAAUCGUGUCUGGUCUUCGGAUGGCAGAGCACCGUCUUCCCGAACUCGAGGGUCUUCGCUAAACCAGUUCAGUACAUCGAAGUUCUGCCGAAUGCCUGGAAAAUCUGCACCUACGCUCAGGGAAUCUACGGGCCCAUCUCCAACCGAGAAAACAUAUUCUGCGGGAUGAUAGAGAGUGACGAGGGGCUGAAAGCUUGUGCUGGAAAUCCGGGAUCUCCCGUUGUUUGUGAGAAUCAGUAUGGGCGGAGUAUCUUGUUGGGAAUUGCUUCCUGGACGAAUUACUCGUUGUAUUGCGAUGGUCUGCCGACCUAUUUGAGCGUUGCUCCUUUCAGGUAA